AUGCAUUGCCUCGUCAUUUUUGUUGCUUCUCUCUGUGGACGGUUACCGAACCGUUUCAACAAUAAAAGGAUUCAAUAUCUAUCUAUCUAUCUAUCUAUCUAUCUAUCUAUAUCUAUCUAUCUAUGUUUAUGCGUGAAGUUAUCUCUAUUAAAAAUUUCUCGUUUAAUUAAUCUAUCUAUUUAUCUAUCUAUCUAUCUAUCUAUUAAAAAUAUCUAUCUAUUAUCUUCUCAUCCCUCAUUAUCUUCUUCUAUCUAUCUAUCUAUCUAUCUAUCUAUCUAUCUACUGUCUCAGUCCCUUCAUUAUCUAUCUAUCUAUCUAUUAUCUAUCUAUCUAUCUAAUCUAUCUAUCUAUCUAUCUAUCUAUCUGUCUCAGAAAAAUCUAUCUAUCUAUCUAUAUCUAUCUAUUCUCAGUCCUUCAUUAUCUAUCUAUUAUCUAUCUAUCUAUCUAUCUAUUAUCUAUCUAUCUAUCUAUCUAUUUCAUUAUCUAUCUAUCUAUAUCUAUCUAUCUAUCUAUCUAUCUAUCUGUCUCAGUCCCUUCAUUCUAUCUAUCUAUCUAUCUAUCUAUCUAUCUAUCUAUCUAUCUAUCUAUCUAUCUAUCUAUCUAUCUAUCUAUCUAUCUAUCUAUCUAUCUAUCUAUCUGUCUCAGUCCCUUCAUUUAUCUAAUAUCUAUCUAUCUAUCUAUCUAUCUAUCUAUCUAUCUAUGUUAAUAUCUGCCUCGAUCCGUCCAUCGCACACAGUAUCUAUCUAUCUAUCUAUCUAUCUAUCUAUCUAUCUAUCUAUCUCUCUCUCUCUCUCUCUCUAUAUAUAUAUAUAUAUAUAUAUAUAUAUAUGUAUAUAUAUUGCCUUUAAUAAUAUAUAUCCUUUGUUCCUUUAUCUAUCUAUCUAUCUAUCUAUCUAUCUAUCUAUCUAUCUAUCUAUCUAUCUGUCUAUCUGCCAGUCUCUUCCCUACUCUCUCCUCUCUCUCUCUAUUUGCUUGUGCUAUUCGUUGAUUUUCUUUUUCAAAUUGCACCCUUUCCUUGUCUUUAUCUUUUCAUUAAUUUCUUCAUUCUUGUUAUUUUUCUUUUUGUUUUUCUUUGAUUUUCCUUCGUCUUCUCUUAUUUUCAUCGUCUUCUUUUGUAUCCUUUGGACUCAUUUGAAUCUGUUCUCCAUUGUUCAUCUUUUCACAUUCUCCUCCUUCAACUUUCUACUCCUUCCACUUUCCCCUCCUUCCACUUUCUACUCCUUCCACUUUCCCCUCCUUCCACUUUCUCCUACUUCCCCUUUCUCCUCCUUCCACUUCAUUCUCCUUCUACUUUCUCCUACUUUCACUUUCCUCUUCUUCCACUUUCUCCUCCUUCCACUUUUUUCUUGCAUUUUCUCCUACUUCCACUUUCUCCUCCUUCCAUUUUUUCUUCCAUUUUCUCCCACUUCCACUUUCUCCUCCUUCCACUUUUUUUCUUCCAUUUUCUUCCACUUCCACUUUCUCCUCUUCCACUUUUUCUUCCAUUUUCUUCUACUUCCACUUUCUCCUACUUUCACUUUUUCUUAUUUCCACUUUCUCCUCCUUCCAUUUUCUCCUCCUUCCACUUCAUUCUCCUUCUACUUUCUCCUACUUUCACUUUCCCCUUCUUCCACUUUCUCCUCCCUCCACUUUUUUCUUCCAUUUUCUCCCACUUCCACUUUCUCCUCCUUCCACUUUUUUCUUCCAUUUUCUCCUACUUCCACUUUCUCCUCCUUCCACUUUUUUCUCCCAUUUUCUCCCACUUCCACUUUCUCCUCCUUCCACUUUUUUCUUCCAUUUUCUUCUACUUCCACUUUCUCCUACAUUCACUUUUUCCUUUUUCCACAUUCUCCUCCUUCCACUUUCUCCUCCUUCCACUUUUUUUCUUCCAUUUUCUCCCACUUCCACUUUCUCCUCCUUCCACUUUUUUCUUCCAUUUUCUCCUACUUCCACUUUCUUCUCUUCCACUUUUUUCUUCCACUUUCUCCUACAUUCACUUUCUCCUAUUUCCACUUUCUCUUCCUUCCACUUUCUCCUCCUUCCUCGUCCACACAGUACGUAUCUAUCUAUCUAUCUAUCUAUCUAUCUAUCUCAAUGUAUUCAAUAUCUCUAUCUAUCUGUCUGACAGUCUGCCUUUUUUGUCUAUCUAUGCUAUGGGGAUACACACUCAAAGUGCAAAUUUUGUUUAAUCUUUCUUUCUUUCUAACUUUUUGUUUCUAUCUUUCGUCUUUAAUUUUUUUUUCUUUUUUCUUUCGCGCUUUGUUUCUUCUCCCUUCGUUCCUUCAUUUCUUUCUUUCCUUUUUUUUCUUUCGCUCUUUGUUUUUGGUUCGUUCUUUCUUUCUUUCCUUUCUUUCUUUAUUUCUUUCUUUCUUUCUUUCUUUCUUUCUACCUUCCUUCUUUCUUUUUAAAUUUCUUUCUUUCUGCAUAUACGUAUGUUUCUUUCUUUUUAUUUUAUUAAUUUCCUUUCUCUCUCUCUUCAUUUUGAAUAUCUCUCAUUUCCCUAAUUUUUCUUCUUUAAUUUGCUUCUCUCUCUUCUGUCUUAUUUUUAUCCGCAUUUUCCCUUACUACUUUUUCUUGUUCUUCUUCUUCUGA